AUGGGCGGCAAGAACCGCAGAAGGGGAAAGAACGAAAAUGAGUCCGAGAAGAGAGAACUCAUCUUCAAGGAGGAGGGACAAGAGUACGCACAAGUCCUCCGCAUGCUCGGUAAUGGCCGUCUCGAGGCACAAUGCUUCGACGGUGAGAAGCGUCUUGCCUUGAUCCGAGGAAAGAUGAGGAAGAAAGUUUGGAUCAACAACGGUGAUAUCAUUUUGCUGUCACUGCGAGAGUUCCAAGAUGAGAAGGCCGAUGUGAUCCAGAAGUACACGCCUGAUGAGGCGAGAGACCUGAUCAAGCAUGGAGAGAUCCCCGCAACGGCAAAGAUCAACGAGGCCGAAGCUGGAGACGAUGAGGGUGGCGAGGUACAGUUCGAGGAGGACUCGGGCGACGAUGACGACGACGAUGAUCUGGAUGACCUCUAAGCGUGCGCCAUCACACACGCUACGCUGAAAGGAAGCAAUAGAUUAUUGUCAGAGGAUAUUGCGUGGCGUCG